AGUGUUACCGGGACCGGAGCUCAGGGACUGCUUCUCAGCUGAGAGACACGGAAGAUGACACAUGGUCGUUUGUGGAAUACGGACCGUUCAUAACACUUGUAGACGGACCAAAGAGUCUUGCAGCCAUGACUUGCAUAUACCCCCAGCAUGGAUCUCAGCCCAGUGAGAACAACCUCGGCAGCUCAGAGUUUCAGAAUACAGACUUUAUCUCAAGGCUGGCUGUGGAAAUGAAUAACCCGCUAGAACAGCACCUCUCUGCACCAUCCCUGCCAGGCAUCAGUUCCCUGAUGAGCACUCCUGCAGGAGAGUUUGAUGCAUAUUCAUGCCAGUUUACCACGACUUCUGCCCAUGUCACUCCAUCUUCAGCACAAGACACUCCUUUCAAGUUCGAUGAACUCCAAGUUUACGGCUGCUACCCUGGACCGUUCAUGUUGAGUUACCCUGAUGAAUCUGUGUCCCCCCCUGGGUCAGAUUAUUUCGGCAGCCCUGCAUCAGCCUCGGCUCCUUCGACCCCUGGGUUUCAGAGUCUGCAUGCCUCCACCUGGGAUUCAGCCUUCGGGCCAUAUUCACCCAGUCCAGGAUACUGGGCAUCUGAGGAGACAUCAGCACCACAUGCACCAUCUUUCUUUACAUUUGGCGCAAGAUCUGUGGAGGAAAUGUCUCAUUUGGGUCAGCCACACUUAAGAGAUCAUGAUGCUUUCACCCUGACCCAUCCUCAUCCAUCUACGCUGAGCUUCCCCACAUUGGAGAUGGAGCAAGCAUGCAGCCUGGAUGGUGCUGAUCAGUUGGAUGCUGGAAGCUUAUCACCUAAGCUGAAAAGUCCAGGUGGAAAUGAGGGCUGCUGCGCUGUAUGUGGGGAUAACGCCUCCUGUCAUCACUAUGGAGUUCGCACAUGCGAGGGAUGCAAAGGGUUUUUCAAACGUACUGUGCAGAAAAAUUCCAAGUAUGUUUGCCUUUCCAAUAAGGAUUGUCCUGUGGACAAGAGGAGGAGGAAUCGAUGCCAGUUCUGCCGUUUUCAGAAGUGUCUAGCUGUAGGCAUGGUCAGAGAAGUUGUCAGAACUGAUAGCCUGAAAGGAAGAAGAGGCCGCUUACCUUCCAAGCCUAAAAUUGUUCAUGAUGUAACAGCCACUGUGUCUCCAGUGAGCAUGAUCGCCUCACUUGUGAGGGCCCAUAUUGAUUCAAACCCCAGCGUUGGGACACUGGAUUAUUCUAAGUAUGCUGAGAUGGAUGUCAGCAUGAACCAGAAAGAGGACGCCAGUGACAUCAGACAAUUUUAUGACUUGCUUACAGCCUCCAUGGAGGUUAUCAAGACAUGGGCAAAGAGCAUCCCAGGUUUUUCUGAGUUCUACCCUGAGGAUCAGGAACUGCUGCUUGAAUCAGCUUUUGUUGAACUCUUCAUCCUGCGUCUUGCAUUUCGGUCUGAUCCUAGAAUGGAGAAGCUUAUCUUCUGCAAUGGGACCGUACUUCAUAAAACGCAGUGCAUACGGGCUUUUGGCGACUGGAUCAAUUCCAUCUUGGAGUUUUCUCAAAAUCUCCAUCGCAUGAAGCUAGACGUUUCCUCCUUCGCCUGUCUCACAGCCCUAGUCAUAAUCACUGACCGACAUGGCCUUAAGGAGCCAAAACGAGUGGAAGAUCUUCAGAACCAGCUCAUCACCUGCCUUAAAGAUCACGUCUCUGGCUGUGGCUCUGACUCUUUGCGGCCCAAUUAUUUAUCCAGACUUCUCGGGAAGCUGCCUGAGCUCAGGACUCUGUGCACUCAAGGCCUCCAGCGCAUCUUUUAUCUUAAACUGGAAAACCUUGUUCCUCCGCCACCGAUCGUGGAAAAAAUAUUCCUGGACACGCUUCCAUUUUGAGCGUGAGAUACACCAUCUGUGAUGUGAAAUCUGGAGAUGAUCUAAGAGCCAAAGAAAACAGACUGAAUGCUCAUACUCCAGGUAGCAAAGUAAAACUGCAUGCAGCUAAGAAGAAAAGCAAUCCUUAGGGAUUAUGCAAUAUCAGAAGAAAAGUGCAACUUCUGAAUGAGUAAUAAACCUUUUAUAAGUCACAUUUUUUGGAGCCAUCACAUGAUUCUUUACUUGAUUAGGAAAUUGUAAUCUCUCCAAAUGGAAUUAGAAUGUUUACUGUUUACAUACAGCGUUCCAUGAAUGGAAACAUUUCAGAUGGUGGAAAGAUGACUGCACUUUUCCAGUUACAAAGUGUAUGCAAAUAAGGUCUGCACCAUCAUUUGAAUGAUAUAAGCAACAAAGCAUUAAUGUGAUAUCUUUAGCUCCAGUAUUAAAAUAGCCAAUAGUACUUAAAGAAUUAUUCAGUAGUACAGUUCAUGUAUCAUGAAUUUACUCUGAACAGCUAAUAUACUGUGUAUUUCCCCAGUACAGUCUUACACACUGGCCUGGUUUGUAAAUGUCAUUUUAUAUCUGUUUUAAUCUCUGGUGUUGUUGCCACAUGAAAUGUGUUAUACAGUUUGGUCAUAUUUAUGUACAAAGAUGUUCUCUUCUGCUGCAGCUAAACAUGAAAUAAAAUGUAGAACUGCAUAUUUUGAAUGCCUUUGCUGUCUUUACUCUGAAUAUUUACAAUAAUUUUAUUGUUUAGGUUAGGCAGUGGUGGGGAAUAAUGAAACUAUGAAACUAAACCAAUAGUUUUCAUUUUGCAUUAGCG